AUGCAAGGCCUGCCUUCUGCCUUUGUAGAAUUGGGAGAAGUAGAAUUGGGAGAAGUAGAAUUGGGAGAAGUGGAAUUGGGAGAAGUGGAAUUGGGAGAAGUAGAAUUGGGAGAAGUAGAAUUGGGAGAAGUAGAAUUGGGAGAAGUAGAAUUGGGAGAAGUAGAAUUGGGAGAAGUAGAAUUGGGAGAAGUAGAAUUGGGAGAAGUAGAAUUGGGAGAAGUAGAAUUGGGAGAAGUAGAAUUGGGAGAAGUAGAAUUGGGAGAAGUAGAAUUGGGAGAAGUAGAAUUGGGAGAAGUAGAAUUGGGAGAAGUAGAAUUGGGAGAAGUAGAAUUGGGAGAAGUAGAAUUGGGAGAAGUAGAAUUGGGAGAAGUAGAAUUGGGAGAAGUAGAAUUGGGAGAAGUAGAAUUGGGAGAAGUAGAAUUGGGAGAAGUAGAAUUGGGAGAAGUAGAAUUGGGAGAAGUAGAAUUGGGAGAAGUAGAAUUGGGAGAAGUAGAAUUGGGAGAAGUAGAAUUGGGAGAAGUAGAAUUGGGAGAAGUAGAAUUGGGAGAAGUAGAAUUGGGAGAAGUAGAAUUGGGAGAAGUAGAAUUGGGAGAAGUAGAAUUGGGAGAAGUAGAAUUGGGAGAAGUAGAAUUGGGAGAAGUAGAAUUGGGAGAAGUAGAAUUGGGAGAAGUAGAAUUGGGAGAAGUAGAAUUGGGAGAAGUAGAAUUGGGAGAAGUAGAAUUGGGAGAAGUAGAAUUGGGAGAAGUAGAAUUGGGAGAAGUAGAAUUGGGAGAAGUAGAAUUGGGAGAAGUAGAAUUGGGAGAAGUAGAAUUGGGAGAAGUAGAAUUGGGAGAAGUAGAAUUGGGAGAAGUAGAAUUGGGAGAAGUAGAAUUGGGAGAAGUAGAAUUGGGAGAAGUAGAAUUGGGAGAAGUAGAAUUGGGAGAAGUAGAAUUGGGAGAAGUAGAAUUGGGAGAAGUAGAAUUGGGAGAAGUAGAAUUGGGAGAAGUAGAAUUGGGAGAAGUAGAAUUGGGAGAAGUAGAAUUGGGAGAAGUAGAAUUGGGAGAAGUAGAAUUGGGAGAAGUAGAAUUGGGAGAAGUAGAAUUGGGAGAAGUAGAAUUGGGAGAAGUAGAAUUGGGAGAAGUAGAAUUGGGAGAAGUAGAAUUGGGAGAAGUAGAAUUGGGAGAAGUAGAAUUGGGAGAAGUAGAAUUGGGAGAAGUAGAAUUGGGAGAAGUAGAAUUGGGAGAAGUAGAAUUGGGAGAAGUAGAAUUGGGAGAAGUAGAAUUGGGAGAAGUAGAAUUGGGAGAAGUAGAAUUGGGAGAAGUAGAAUUGGGAGAAGUAGAAUUGGGAGAAGUAGAAUUGGGAGAAGUAGAAUUGGGAGAAGUAGAAUUGGGAGAAGUAGAAUUGGGAGAAGUAGAAUUGGGAGAAGUAGAAUUGGGAGAAGUAGAAUUGGGAGAAGUAGAAUUGGGAGAAGUAGAAUUGGGAGAAGUAGAAUUGGGAGAAGUAGAAUUGGGAGAAGUAGAAUUGGGAGAAGUAGAAUUGGGAGAAGUAGAAUUGGGAGAAGUAGAAUUGGGAGAAGUAGAAUUGGGAGAAGUAGAAUUGGGAGAAGUAGAAUUGGGAGAAGUAGAAUUGGGAGAAGUAGAAUUGGGAGAAGUAGAAUUGGGAGAAGUAGAAUUGGGAGAAGUAGAAUUGGGAGAAGUAGAAUUGGGAGAAGUAGAAUUGGGAGAAGUAGAAUUGGGAGAAGUAGAAUUGGGAGAAGUAGAAUUGGGAGAAGUAGAAUUGGGAGAAGUAGAAUUGGGAGAAGUAGAAUUGGGAGAAGUAGAAUUGGGAGAAGUAGAAUUGGGAGAAGUAGAAUUGGGAGAAGUAGAAUUGGGAGAAGUAGAAUUGGGAGAAGUAGAAUUGGGAGAAGUAGAAUUGGGAGAAGUAGAAUUGGGAGAAGUAGAAUUGGGAGAAGUAGAAUUGGAAGAAGUAGAAUUGGAAGAAGUAGAAUUGGAAGAAGUAGAAUUGGAAGAAGUAGAAUUGGAAGAAGUAGAAUUGGAAGAAGUAGAAUUGGAAGAAGUAGAAUUGGAAGAAGUAGAAUUGGAAGAAGUAGAAUUGGAAGAAGUAGAAUUGGAAGAAGUAGAAUUGGAAGAAGUAGAAUUGGAAGAAGUAGAAUUGGAAGAAGUAGAAUUGGAAGAAGUAGAAUUGGAAGAAGUAGAAUUGGAAGAAGUAGAAUUGGAAGAAGUAGAAUUGGAAGAAGUAGAAUUGGAAGAAGUAGAAUUGGAAGAAGUAGAAUUGGAAGAAGUAGAAUUGGAAGAAGUAGAAUUGGAAGAAGUAGAAUUGGAAGAAGUAGAAUUGGAAGAAGUAGAAUUGGAAGAAGUAGAAUUGGAAGAAGUAGAAUUGGAAGAAGUAGAAUUGGAAGAAGUAGAAUUGGAAGAAGUAGAAUUGGAAGAAGUAGAAUUGGAAGAAGUAGAAUUGGAAGAAGUAGAAUUGGAAGAAGUAGAAUUGGAAGAAGUAGAAUUGGAAGAAGUAGAAUUGGAAGAAGUAGAAUUGGAAGAAGUAGAAUUGGAAGAAGUAGAAUUGGAAGAAGUAGAAUUGGAAGAAGUAGAAUUGGAAGAAGUAGAAUUGGAAGAAGUAGAAUUGGAAGAAGUAGAAUUGGAAGAAGUAGAAUUGGAAGAAGUAGAAUUGGAAGAAAUUCUUGACAAACUCUGUCAUGAAGCUGAGAGGAUCAUCAAAUUUCAUGGAGAAAUCCACUAUGAAUCUCAGGACCUGCCCAACAGCUGUUUCAUUGUACAUCAGUAUGCAUCCAUCUCUCCUCAGGCCAGCCAGGGUAGAAUAGUUUGUCAGUAUAUGAGCCAAUUGCCCGGCACAGUGCCCGGCACAGUGCCCGGCACAGUGCCCGGCACAGUGCCCGGCACAGUGCCCGGCACAGUGCCCGGCACAGUGCCCGGCACAGUGCCCGGCACAGUGCCCGGCACAGUGCCCGGCACAGUGCCCGGCACAGUGCCCGGCACAGUGCCCGGCACAGUGCCCGGCACAGUGCCCGGCACAGUGCCCGGCACAGUGCCCGGCACAGUGCCCGGCACAGUGCCCGGCACAGUGCCCGGCACAGUGCCCGGCACAGUGCCCGGCACAGUGCCCGGCACAGUGCCCGGCACAGUGCCCGGCACAGUGCCCGGCACAGUGCCCGGCACAGUGCCCGGCACAGUGCCCGGCACAGUGCCCGGCACAGUGCCCGGCACAGUGCCCGGCACAGUGCCCGGCACAGUGCCCGGCACAGUGCCCGGCACAGUGCCCGGCACAGUGCCCGGCACAGUGCCCGGCACAGUGCCCGGCACAGUGCCCGGCACAGUGCCCGGCACAGUGCCCGGCACAGUGCCCGGCACAGUGCCCGGCACAGUGCCCGGCACAGUGCCCGGCACAGUGCCCGGCACAGUGCCCGGCACAGUGCCCGGCACAGUGCCCGGCACAGUGCCCGGCACAGUGCCCGGCACAGUGCCCGGCACAGUGCCCGGCACAGUGCCCGGCACAGUGCCCGGCACAGUGCCCGGCACAGUGCCCGGCACAGUGCCCGGCACAGUGCCCGGCACAGUGCCCGGCACAGUGCCCGGCACAGUGCCCGGCACAGUGCCCGGCACAGUGCCCGGCACAGUGCCAGGCACAGUGCCCGGCACAGUGAUACAUUUAGCUGUAACAUGA